CGCAAGAAUAUUAUCCCUCUAGUCGCAUGGUACCCCUCCCUUACCCCAGAUGAUCAAGACUUGGACAUUCCUUGUAUUUAUCCUCGUAGCUUUUCCCAGUGAGGAGAAUCCAACAAUGCUAGAGUAUAUGCGGAGAAAUGGGUCCCCUACAAAUGCUAGUCAUUGUGUACAUCAAACCUCAUUUCCGGAACCACCGAGAUUCAGGAACACGGCCCGGAGAAAUGCUACAUGAAGAGCGCCGCCAUCUUGCCAAUAUUUUGGUUUCUUGGCCUCUUUGCUUGUAUGUUCCAUCGCGUUUGUCCUUGUCCAACAAGCUCCUCCGCCACACGACACGAAGAUGAAGUUCUCCCAAGUCGUCUACGUGCUCUCGUGCGCAGCGUCAGCGAUUGCAUCGCGUGCCGUGCAAGGCCUCCACAGGCGAGGUGAUCACGUCUCUCCCCGACCUCAGAUCGUCUACUCGCCCGAGACGCCAACGACGCCACCUCCGACGCCCAAGCAGCGUAACGUGACGUGCUUCGUCGAGAGUCAUGGUGAUUAUGCCACGGAUGACUCCGAAUUUAUCCUUGAUGCGUUUCACAAGUGCAACAAUGGCGGACAUGUCGUGUUCCGUGAGAGUGAGACGUACAUUAUAGGCACCGCAAUGGACUGGACGUUCUUGCAGAGUAUUGAUAUUGAUAUCCAGGGUGAAAUUCUCUUCAGCAACGACACGACAUACUGGCAGGCGAACUCGUUCCCUUUCAUCUUCCAGAACGUCACUUCAUUUUUUAAACUCGGCGGUGACGAUGUCUUCAUCUAUGGCGGUGGCACUCUCAACGGCAACGGCCAAGUCUGGUACGAUGCUUACGCAGCCAACAUCUACACUCUUCGCCCUGUCUUGGUGGGUGUCGAUGGUCUGACCAAUAGCAUCGUUUCCGACCUUGUUCUGAGGUAUAGCCCGGAGUACUACCAUUUCGUUGCCAAUGCAUCCAAUGUGGUCUUCAAUAACAUCGACAUUGCGGGCGGCAGCGUCAGUGAGAAUCCUGCAAAAAACACCGACGGAUGGGACACAUACCGCAGCAACAGUGUCACGAUCCAGAACUCUGUCAUCAACAACGGCGACGACUGUGUUUCUUUCAAGCCUAACUCAACCAACAUCCUCGUCCAAAGCCUCUUCUGCAAUGGCUCCCACGGCAUUAGUGUCGGCUCACUAGGCCAAUACGUCGGCGAAUACGACAUUGUCGAGCACGUCUUCGUAAGCAACAUUUCGAUGCACAACGCCUCGGACGGGGCCCGCAUCAAAAUCUGGCCCAACACGGCCUCAGCUGUGUCGGGCGACCUGCAAGGCGGCGGCGGUGAUGGCCGAGUAAACAACAUCACCUACACGGACUUCUUCAUCGACAACGUCGACUACGCCAUAGAGGUCGACCAGUGCUACGGCCAGAAGAAUCUCACGCUGUGUCUGGAGUACCCCAGUCCAUUGACGAUUACCAAUGUGGUUUUCAAUGGGUUCCAGGGGGUUACGAGCGAUCAUUAUAUGCCCCAGGUGGCGAAUUUUGCUUGUAGUUCAACGACGGCUUGUUCGAAUAUUGUGUCGACGGAUUUCGAUGUGUUGAGUCCCAAUGGGACGAAUGAGGCAUAUUGUUUGAAUUUUGAGCAGGAGGUUUUGGAUGGGGUUACGUGUGUUGAUACGUUGUUAGGCUUCAACUAGUGGUAAUAUAGGCAUCCCUCAUUCCAGCACGGGGGGAAUAUCAUGAAACUGCCUGAAUCCUUCCAACAUUUGUCGUAUAAGCCAUGGAUUCUGAAUCGGCCGCAAGGCACAGAGGCAUCUCAAGAGCCAAUGGCAGUUCCCCCUUUUUGCAGCGCGCAAGAUCGAGACUCCACAGACAAGUCUAAAUUUGGCGUCGAAUUCGACGUGUACGAGUUGCGUCCUGGCUCUUAAGCUGUGAAUUGACUUACUACCCGGGGAUAAGUAG